AUGAAAGUAUCAAAGCGGUUGAUACCGAGGAGAUCUCGUCUCCUCAUUAUGAUGAUGCUACUGGUUGUUUACCAGCUGGUGGUUUUGGUCCUAGGAUUGGAGAGCGUCUCUGAAGGAAAAUUAGCAAGCUUGCUUGACUUGGGCGAUUGGGAUCUAGCUAACUCCUCGCUAUCUAUAUCCGAUUUCAUAAAGCUGAAGCUCAAAGGCCAAAAGACUUAUCACAAAUUUGAUGAACAUGUCUUCGCCGCAAUGGCAAGAAUUCAAAGUAAUGAGAAUGGCAAGUUGGCGGAUUACGAGUCUACUUCAUCGAAGACUGACGUAACCAUUCAAAAUGUUGAACUUUGGAAGAGAUUGAGCGAAGAAGAAUACACUUACGAACCGCGGAUAACUUUGGCUGUGUAUCUGAGCUACAUUCAUCAGAGGACUUAUGACAGGUACGCGACUAGUUACGCUCCUUAUAACUUGCGGGUGCCUUUUUCGUGGGCUGACUGGAUAGAUCUGACGGCCCUAAAUCAAUACUUGGAUAAAACGAAAGGCUGCGAGGCAGUUUUCCCUAGAGAAAGUGAGGCAACUAUGAAGCUUAACAAUAUCACUGUUGUGGACUGGCUUGAGGGCCUUUGCAUAACUGAUAAAUCACUUCAAAAUUCCGUAAACUCCACAUAUGCGGAAGAGAUUAAUAGUCGGGACAUCUUGUCUCCUAACUUCCAUGUGUUUGGUUAUUCUGAUGCUAAAGAUAAUCCUCAGCAAAAAAUCUUUCAAUCUAAAUCUUAUAUCAACUCAAAGCUGCCGCUCCCAAAAAGUUUGAUAUUUUUAACAGAUGGAGGUAGUUACGCUUUGACAGUCGACCGAACUCAAAAUAAAAGAAUUCUAAAAUCUGGCCUGCUUUCACACUUUUUCUCAAAGAAAAAGAAGGAACACAAUCUGCCUCAAGACCAAAAAACUUUCACGUUUGACCCCGUAUACGAAUUCAAUAGACUGAAAUCUCAGGUCAAGCCCCGUCCAAUAUCUUCAGAACCUAGUAUUGAUUCUGCUUUGAAGGAAAAUGACUACAAGCUUAAACUGAAAGAGUCGUCGUUUAUUUUUAAUUACGGAAGGAUUCUUUCGAACUAUGAAGAGCGGCUUGAGAGUCUAAAUGACUUCGAGAAAUCGCACUACGAGUCCUUAGCUUAUUCCUCCUUGUUAGAGGCAAGAAAGUUGCCCAAGUAUUUUGGCGAAGUUAUAUUGAAGAACCCACAAGAUGGUGGAAUUCAUUAUGAUUACAGAUUCUUCAGCGGACUCAUUGAUAAAACUCAGAUAAAUCAUUUUGAGGAUGAGACUGAAAGAAAGAAAAUAAUCAUGCAUAGACUUCUUCGAACUUGGCAGUACUUCACGUAUCACAAUAACAUUAUCAAUUGGAUCUCGCACGGUUCUUUACUGUCAUGGUAUUGGGAUGGACUUUCUUUUCCAUGGGACAAUGACAUUGACGUACAAAUGCCCAUAAUGGAGCUGAAUAACUUCUGCAAACAGUUCAACAAUUCUCUGGUCGUGGAGGAUGUUUCUCAAGGGUUUGGCAGAUACUACGUUGAUUGCACGAGCUUCCUGGCCCAGAGAACGCGAGGUAAUGGUAACAACAACAUUGAUGCCCGUUUUAUUGAUGUGUCGUCUGGUCUCUUCAUUGACAUUACGGGUUUGGCUUUGACUGGAUCAACAAUGCCCAAAAGAUACUCCAAUAAGCUGAUAAAACAACCGAAAAAAUCUACCGACUCAACAGGAUCGACUCCUGAGAACGGACUCACUAGAAACUUGAGGCAAAAUUUGAAUGCACAAGUUUACAACUGUAGAAACGGUCAUUUUUACCAAUACUCGGAGCUAUCUCCUUUGAAGUUGUCGAUAGUAGAAGGUGCACUCACCCUAAUACCCAACGAUUUUGUUACUAUAUUGGAAACUGAGUACCAAAGGAGAGGUCUUGAAAAGAACACAUAUGCGAAGUAUCUCUACGUUCCAGAGCUUCGACUUUGGAUGUCAUACAAUGACAUCUAUGAUAUCUUGCAAGGUACUAAUAGUCAUGGCCGUCCUUUAUCUGCAAAGACAAUGGCGACUAUCUUUCCUCGGUUAAACUCUGACAUUAAUCUAAAAAAGUUUUUGCGCAAUGAUCAUACUUUUAAGAACAUUUAUUCUACUUUCAACGUGACACGAGUGCACGAGGAGGAACUGAAGCAUUUGAUAGUAAACUAUGACCAAAAUAAACGGAAGUCGGCUGAGUACAGGCAGUUCUUGGAAAACUUGCGGUUUAUGAAUCCAAUCAGAAAAGAUCUGGUGACUUACGAGAGUAGGUUGAAGGCUCUUGAUGGAUACAAUGAGGUCGAAGAAUUAGAAAAGAAGCAAGAGAAUAGGGAAAAAGAAAGAAAGGAGAAGAAGGAAAAGGAGGAAAAAGAGAAGAAGGAAAAGGAGGAAAAAGAGAAGAAGGAAAAGGAAGAAAAGGAAAAGAAGGAAAAGGAAGAAAAGGAGAGGAAAGAGAAGGAAGAAAAGGAAGAAUAUGAAGAAGACGAUAAUGAGGGCGAACAACCAACAGAACAAAAGAGCCAGCAGGAGGCUAAAGAAUAG